GGAUGUUUGACUUGUUUUCACCGGUGCACUGCUGUGCAGGCACACAAAUGUGUCGGUCUGUUUUUAUUUAAGACAUUGUGGGAAACGUGGAGGUGUUUUAUUGUGAUGUUAUGCGAUAACUUGCCGUCACUAUGCCAGCAACAAACAGAAAAGCGCAGAAGAAGGGGAGGGACACCGCCGUACAGGGAACCAAUGACAGCAGUGUGGUGAGCAAAGUGUCUGCUGCAGCACAGGGCUACUUCAAAGAUGCCUUCCUUCAACACUUUGUGUGCAAAGUGGCCAGGAGAGCGCCGCUUAUCAACAGGGGCUAUUAUGUGCGCUGGAAAGCUGUGGACCGCUGUGUGAGGAAAUUCCUUCAGAUUACAGAAAAAUGCCCUGAAAGACAGAUCUUGUCUUUGGGUGCGGGCUUCGACUCUUUGUAUUUCCGCCUACGUGGAGAUGGAGCUCUGAGCGGAGCUGUUGUGUUUGAGGUAGAUUUUCCUGAUGUCUCUCAGCGCAAGGCUGCCCUCAUCACUUCUAAUAUAACACUAAGGGGGAUGAUAGACUCCCAGUCACCGUCACUUACAGGACCUGUUUAUGUGUCCAGCAGUCAGUACCGUCUGUUAGGAGUGGAUGUUAGAGAGGAGUCCAAGGUGGAAGAGGCUCUGCGUGUAGCUGGGCUGGACUGGGCUGCCCCUACCCUGAUUCUUUCUGAAGUGGUGCUCACCUACAUGGAAACACAAUGGUCUGAUGCCAUCAUUGGUUGGGCAGCAAAGCUCCUGCCACAGUCUCUCUUUGUUAUGUAUGAGCAGAUCCAUCCGCACGAUCCCUUCGGUCAGAUCAUGCAGGAGCAUUUCCAGAAACUCAAUUCAACUCUGCAUGCACUUCGACAAUACCCAGACACCGCCGCACAAAGGCACCGCUUCCUGGACAAGGGCUGGGAGGAGUGUGUGUGCCUGGAUAUGAAUAAUUUCCUCUUCGGGCUGGUCCCUGAGGAGGAGAGAUGCAGAUUUGAGAGCCUGGAGCCUUUUGAUGAAUAUGAGGAAUGGCACCAGAAAUGUUCCCAUUACUUCAUCCUUACUGCAUCUCGAGGGUCUUUGAUGGCACAGGCUUUACUCCCUCGAGCUCCAGAAUCUCCUGUUGGCCCUUCUUGGAGCACAACAGCCCUGAGUGUUCGGACCACACCGGUAUGUGUGGAGGGGCUGGGGAUGGCUUCUGCGUCAGUGAGGCCAGGGUGGGUCCUGCUAACAGGAGGCUCCAGCAGAGGAGGCAGGAGAGCAGCGAUCAGACUCCUGCUCAGAGAACAGGAAGGCUGGAGGUCCGUCAGUGUGGAGCCAUCAGCAGAUGUUGGUGUGCGACUCUACCACACAGUUACCCCUAUACCUGGAGUGGGUGCUGUGGUAUUUGGAGGUCGCUCCUCUCCACUCAACCCGGUCAGAAGCCUUUUCAAAAUGACCUUUAGCCUCUGUGGUGCACCUGGUGCUCUGGAGUCAGGGGGCCAAGAUGCACCGAAGCUUUGUAUGGAGGAGAUGAUGUGUACCGGCAGUCCACCACCGCCAAGAUGGAGGCACUCUGCUACCCUAACCAGACACAGAGGCAGAGAGUUUGUGUUUGUGUUUGGUGGAAAGAACCAAUCAGGGGCCGUUUUGGGUGACGGAUACUUCCUGAGUGUCGACCAGCAGCACUGGACUGAGAUCCCAGUAGAGGGCGUAGCACCAGAGGCUCGUCAUUCUCACUCUGCAUGCUCAUAUAAAGGUGGUGGUGUGGUGUUUGGAGGGCUGAGCAGAGCAGGAGUGCCCCUGAAUGACACGGUAAUCCUGACACCAACUGAAAGAGGUUUCUGCUGGGAGAGAAUAGAUGUGCAGCCCCCUCCUGUACCCAGAUACUCUCACUGUGCCCAUGUGAGUGGUGAGAAGCUGGUUGUGGUAGGUGGAGUCUGGCUGCAUUCAGACGGCGUGCCAGGCGUUGUUGUGAUCAACAUCACCACGUGCAGCAGUAUGGAGUACAGUCUGGACACGACCUCAGUGCCCUGGCCUCUGAUGCUCCACUCAUUUUGCUCUGAGAUGACGGACUCAGAAGAUCCAGAGCUGCUCUUGAUAGGUGGAGGAGGCAACUGUUUCUCUUUUGGGACACACUGGAACCCUCAGCCUGUCACUGUGGACCUCAAACUCAUGCUGGGCUGAAUCAGCCAUGAGUAUUUCCAAAAUAAAGUACCAAAGGGUGAACUUAUGUCAAGUCUGUUGAAGGGUCCAGACAAGUGCCUGCUUCCUAUUGUAAUUUUCAUAAUUAUGUAAGAAAACCUCUCAUAUUGACCGAGCAGCAACCUCCAGGGUGCCGAAGCAGAAGUGCCCAAAACUGUAGUUCCUCUAGUGGCCACUCGAGGCAGAGACUCCCAUAUUAUAAUGUUCAACUUUACAGCAGAAAUAAACAUUUCUACAACCUGUUCCAGA